AUGCUGUGUUCGCUGCCAGUUCCGAAGCUGAAGAACGGACCAUGUUAUCAACUGCGAGAAGAGUACCCUCCUGGCAAUUAUAGGGAGCUGGUUCCCUCAAGAAAACGCGUGAAGGACCAAGGUCAUCUCAACUCCAUCUUGGAGGGUGAACUCAUCAUUGCGAACAAGCGAAAGUAUGGUCCCUAUCCAACACGCAAAAUUCCUCGCAAAUGUGCCAAUUGUUCAGGCUACAUGAUGCUGGUGACAAAUGUGGGAGCUGGGAUGAAGGUGUACUCAAGCGAUGACUUGGAGUUUCAGGAUUUGGGCAGCCAAACGUGUAAUUCCUGUCAUUCACAUCAUGCUGUUAUCUCGGGAUUCACAGAGGAGGAGCUCAAAGCCAUGCCCGCUGUGCAAAUGAUCCUCCCUCUCUGUCAGACAGUGGACAACGGUCAUUUCAUCGGUCCCGGCUCUGCCCUUUCUAUAUUACCACUCAAGCCACCUCAUCAUCGUUGUCGCAGGGUCGCUUCAGAUCCACCGUCAUCACCCACCCAUCCGCCACAUCUGGCCCUGCCAGUUCAUGUUCGUCAGCCAGUUGGACCACGUCUCGUACAUCAUCCUGCUUCCCGAAAUGGAGAGGUGAUCAAUUUAAAUGAUCACUCUGGAGGGGCCAGGCUUGACGGUAGCAUCACUCACAGAGGAAGGACUUUGCUGCCUGUUGCUGCAACAGUAAUUGAGAUAUCCGACAAUGAAAUGGACACAAAGCAGCCCCAGCGACAUUCUGCUCGUCAUGGUAGGACUUCAAUGCCAGCUAUGCGAGAAGUCAAUUGGGUUGUUCACACCAACACAAACAGACCGUUGGCUGAACUACGUGGAAAAGUUGCCAUUCUCUUCUUUAAAAAGCUCGAUGAGAACCCCAUUCGCAUUGAUGUCCCAACUCGAAACAAUGGCACUCUCUAUCUUAAGGAUCACAAAAUGGCCCUAGGCUUAGCCGGGGUUGAGAUGGUGGAGGAAUUUGAAGUGUUUGGGUUUGCUUCUGAGGAUGGAUGGACCAAGGUUCGCUGGUGCAAACCCCUCCAGGGUGUUGAGGGGAGUCCUCUGUUCAUGAAAAAGGUUGGGACGGGAGACCCUGGAUUUUGGAAGAACUGGCAAACAGCUGCGCUCGAAGGAAUUAUUUUUUCCUUGUUGAAGUGA